AUGUCUGCCAGCGUCCGUGCCCGCAGGCCGGCCUCUCCGCCUGGUCGCCACCCACAGCCCGCGCCGGCCUCUCAACGAUUCCCCCACUCACGACACGACCAUCUCGACGCCGACGAACGGCGCGAGGCUGCUUCCCGCGGCCUCCGGCCGGGCCGCAAGUCCUUCGCCUCCGGCGGUCUCAAUCUCUCCCCCGGCGAGUGGAAACUCCUCGCAGUCGUCCUCGUCGUCGCCUCUGCAGUCCGCCUCUUCCGCAUAUCCCAGCCAAACAGUGUUGUCUUCGACGAGGUCCAUUUUGGCAAGUUCGCGUCCCGUUACAUCAAGUCUGCCUACUUUGUCGACGUCCACCCCCCUCUCGCCAAACUCCUUAUUACCCUCGCCGGCUGGCUGUUUGGGUAUGACGGAAACUUUGACUUCAAGGACAUUGCCAAGGUGUACACAAACGUCCCCUACGUCGCAAUGCGCAUGGUCCCCGCUCUUAUGGGUGUUGCCACUGUUCCCCUUGCCUAUCUCACCCUUCGCGCUCUUGACUGCCGUGUCACCACUGCACUUCUUGCCUCUCUCUUCGUCACCUUCGAAAACGGCAUGAUCACUCAGUCUCGUCACAUCCUCCUCGACUCCCCUCUCCUCUUCUUCGUCGCCCUCACCACCUUCCUCUGGACCGGUUUCUGCAAUGAGAACUACUACGAGCCAUUCACAGACUCCUGGUGGAUCUGGCUCGCCAUGACCGGCCUUUCUCUCGGUGCCGUCUUCAGCUGUAAGUGGGUUGGGCUCUUCACCAUCGCCACAGUCGGCCUUGGCACCCUCAAGCAGCUCUGGGAUCUUCUCGGCGACCUUCGCGUCUCUCCUAGGUUGUUCAUCAGACACUUCGCCGCCCGUGCGCUAUGUCUCAUCGUCAUCCCCAUCAUCUUCUACAUGUCCACGUUCGGCAUUCACUUCCUCAUUCUGAGCAACUCCGGUGAGGGCGAUGGCUUUAUGAGCUCCGAGUUCCAGCACACACUUCGCGGCCGCGGAAUGGCAGAUACCUUUGCCGACGUCGCCAUCGGCUCUCAGAUCACUUUCCGUCACGUUAACACCCAAGGUGGAUACCUUCACUCCCACCCUCACAACUAUCCGGGAGGUAGCAAGCAACAACACAUCACGCUUUACCCCCAUCGUGACAACAACAACGACUGGCGCAUCGUCAACGCUUCUGCUAGUGGGGAUCCAUAUGUCGACUGGAAUGACCAUGACGUCCACUUCAUUACCCAUGGCACUCGCGUGAAGAUUCGGCACAUUCAUACGGAGAAGUCCCUCCACUCCCACGAUGUUCGCCCCCCUGUCUCCGACGUCGACUUCCAGCAAGAGGUGUCUGGAUAUGGCAUUACUGGCUACGUGGGCGACACCAACGACGAUUGGAUUGUGGAAAUCCACAAGGGUAACAAGCGCGACAAGGAGUCAAGCACACGUCUGCGCACGCUCACCAGCCACUUCCGUCUGCGUCACGUCAACACUGGUUGCUAUCUCUUCUCGCACAAGGUCAAGCUUCCGGACUGGGGUUUUGAGCAGCAGGAAGUAACUUGCAACAAGCAAGCUGUUCUCGCCAACUCUCUAUGGUACAUUGAGACAAACUACCAUCCUAAGCUGCCGGAGAGCGCCCCCAAGGUUAACUACAAGCUUCCCGGAUUCUUCGCCAAGUUCUGGGAACUCCAGAAAGUGAUGUGGACGACCAACGCUGGCCUUACUGAUCGUCACACGUACGACUCGCGGCCUGACUCGUGGCCAACUCUUCAUCGCGGCAUUAACUUCUGGGUCAAGGAUCACCGUCAGAUAUACCUCCUCGGCAACCCUCUCAUCUGGUACCUCAGCUCCGCUGCCGUCUUCGCGUAUGUUGCUGUCCGCGGCCUCCUCAUCCUCCGUGCGCAGCGUGGCUUCCGUGACUUUGAUAACACCAAGGUCGUUAAGUAUGACGCCCUCUGUGGCUUCCUUUUCAUCGGCUGGGCCCUUCACUACGUACCAUUCUGGAUCAUGGGCCGCCAGCUCUUCCUACACCAUUACUUCCCCGCGCUCUACUUUGCUAUCCUCCUUAGCUGCUCGGUCUUCGACCUUGUCACAUCCACCCUGCGCCCUCGCGUACGCCUGCAGAUCGCGGCAGUGCUCCUCGUCAUCGCCGUUUGGAACUACUCCUACUUCAGUCCUCUCGCCUACGGCCUGCCGUGGACCAAGAGCAAGUGCCACAAGGCGAAAUGGUUGAAGACUUGGGACUUCUCCUGCAACGACUUCCUGGAAGACGUAAGUGCACUUGGCUCAACUCCGUUCCGCUAG